CAGAGCUGCCUCGGGCUGGAGGCCUCCACUCUUGCGCUGCCUCACCCCACCGUUAUGUAACGUUCGCGGGGGGCUGCGGGUAAAGGCAGCAGCAGCACCGUCACCACCACCAGCAGCAGCGUUCGUGUGCAGGAUGAAUCGCCUUCCCCAUUCUUCUGCAUCCUCCCGGGCUCGGCGAAGAGAGGAGCUCCGUGCAGAGCUGUACUCCUUUGCCUGCCUUAUUGGGCUGGGCCCUGGCAGCGGCACCUCCCGCCGCCAUCGGGGAGGGCACCCGCGGCCGUAGCCUGUGCGGGGCUAGGGCGUCUGUUCGCCGGCUCCCGGCAGCGCUGCAGCAGCAGGUGGAUGGAUGGGCCAUGUUGGAGACUGGCUGUGGGAGGUUGGCAAGCCCGGCUUUACCUGCGGGCGUCUCCCAGAGGAGCUGCGUGAAUAUUCUGCUGUUGGCUGUUAAUCUAGAGACGACAGCAAAGUCUCAGCCGCUGCAACUGCCUCUUCGUGCUCCUCUGCCAAGCAAACGGAUCCCUUUUAUGGAGAUUGAUGGCACAAUGGCUGACAAUAAAGCAAAGUCAACCAAACCUGCAAAUAGGACUCCUCCAAAGUCUCCUUCAGAUCCAACAAAGGACCGAGCAGCGAAACGAUUAUCCUGUGAUUCAAACAGCUCCCAUGAGGGAGCUAUGGCAGGAGAACUAAGUGCUCUGGAAGAGGCCUUUAGAAAAUUUGCCAUCCAUGGAGAUACAAGAGCCACAGGAAAAGAAAUGCAUGGGAAGAACUGGUCAAAGCUAUGUAAGGACUGUCAUGUGAUAGAUGGAAAGAAUGUGACAAUCACAGAUGUUGACAUUGUCUUCAGUAAAAUCAAGGGAAAGUCUUCCAGAACUAUCACUUUCGAGCAGUUUAAGGAAGCACUUCAAGAACUGUCUAAGAAGCGGUUUAAAGACAAGAACGAUGAGGAAGCAAUUCAGGAAAUAUAUAAACUAAUUGAAGGAAAAGCCCCAAUAAUAUCUGGAGUAACGAAAGCCAUUUCAUCUCCAACUGUAUCACGCCUUACAGAUACAUCAAAAUUCACAGGUUCUCACAAAGAGAGGUUUGAUCCCAGUGGGAAAGGAAAAGGUAAAGCUGGUCGAGAAGAUCUGGUGGAUGCUUCAGGUUAUGUAUCUGGUUAUAAGCAUGCAGGCACGUAUGAUCAAAAAGUGCAAGGAAGUAAGUAAGGCUGAGGGUUUAGAACACAGAGGGAGGAAGAGUGGGGGAAAGACAACUUAAUUGUAAGAAUGAUGUAGAUGAAUCCCACAUGUUUUGGUUAUUGUGAACGCUAAGACUACGUUGUCAAGAAGUUGUUUUCAGGAACUGGAACUGAUUUCAACAUCUGCUGAGCUACUUGCGGCACAACACCACUUCAUUACAUUCCUCAUGCAUAUAUUGGCAAAAUUAGAUGUAUUGGUACAGAAAACUCCAUUAUUUUGUUGAGCUUUAGGAAAAAAAAUCAACAAAGCAAGCACCAAAGUCAACCACACUUUGUCAAUUCAAGCAAAAGUUCUCACACAUUCCUAAAUGUUCAGCUGCCCUGAGGAUGUUGAAGAGAACCUCUUGAAAAGAGUGUCUUUUAUAGCAGUCCUUCUGAACAAUAUCCCAUUAUUUAUGCAGUGUGAUCUGAGUACUGUUUGAGGCUUUUGAGAAGUGUCUUACACAGGAUUUGUAUCUUCCUUUAAAUAUUCAGCAGUAUACUAUUGGGCAGUAAGUGGUUGUACUAUACAAGGUGCUAGCCUGUAAAUGUCAUCUACCACUCGUGAAAAACUCUUUUAAAAAGUUCUUUCUGGGACAAUAUAGGUUCUAAAGGAUUUUAUGUCAAUAGAAAGAAGUGGAAAACACCAGCCCUUACUUUCCUCCCAUCUAUACUUUGUGCUUAUUACUGUGUUUACUGUAGCAUGGUUCUGACUUGCUGGAUUUGGAUGGAGCUAUUGUGCUAACCUGAGAGAUGAGGCACAAGGCACUACUAAGGAAGACAUUGCUACUAAAGCUUUUUGCAGGGACAUUCAGCUAAUGUU